CGGCGGGCCUCGCCGCCAGCCAGUAGAGCCGCAGCUGGCAGCGGGCGAGGAUGGGGUCUUCGUCGUGGUCGUGGCUGCUGCACUUGGCGCUCUGCUCGCUUCUGGCUUACACACACGUGUCUGACGCGGCUGUAACACACGUAAAGAGAGCAACAAAUUGUGGAAAGAGCAAAUUUCAGUGUAAAGAUGAAGCCUGCAUAAAUAAUGAAUCUGUCUGUGAUGGUGUUAGAGACUGUGCCGAUGGCUCUGAUGAAGACCAAGAUUCAUGCUUCAAGGUGUUGGUGCCUGCAGUUACUAAUUUCAUUGCAAGCAAUGUGCUCCAGGCUUCAGUUCCUUGUACAGAAGAAAAGUUCCAGUGUCCCACUGGAGAAUGUAUUAAUUCUCAACUGAAAUGUAAUGGCAGAAAUGACUGUCCAGACGGUGCUGAUGAACGUCUUCCAGAAUGCCGAUCUAAAAUUCCUAGCUGCAAUGCUGAUGAGUUCCAGUGUAAGUCUGGGUCUUGUAUUGCAUCAUCAAGUGUUUGUGAUGGAAGACGUCACUGCAAUGAUGGGAGUGAUGAAGCACGUGCUCUUUGUGGCAGUGGCAUUGAUGGUAACAGACCCUGCUUGUAUCCAGCAACCACUGAACACGGAACAUAUACAGUCUUGGGAUGUGAGUCAUGUACACCUGAUCCUGGUAAACCUAUACAGGAGGGUACAACUAUCUUGCGGUACACUUGUGAUCCUGGAUAUGAACUUAAGGGUGAAAAUAUUCUUUUUUGUCGCAAUGGGCAAUGGAGUACAAAUACACCAACAUGUGAACAGCGAAAGUGUCCUAGACUCACAUCAGAAUCAAUUUAUGCUAACUGCUUCUAUGGUGAAUCGAGGUUCACUUGUGACUAUCCAGUUCUCCCAGGAACAAAAGCAGUUGUGGAUUGCAAAUUGUAUUAUACAUCAGCAACUGGACUAAAACAAAGUCUGACAUGUGGACUUGAUGGUCAGUGGAAUAGUGUAGUCAAGAAAUGCUAUCCAGCAUGUGGAAAGGACCGGUCUGGAAAUACCCCUCUUCUAGCUCAUGGUACAAAUGUAAAAGGUGGAGAAUUUCCAUGGCAUGUGGGAAUAUAUAAAAAUGUAGGAGAUAUUUACGCAAACAUUUGUGGAGGUUCUUUGAUUUCUCUUACAUUUGUACUAUCAGCUGCUCACUGCUUCUGGAACAACGCAAAAAGUGAGAAAUUUCCUGAGGACCUUUUCAGAGUAAUAGCUGGAAAAAUUCACAAAAGCUACACCACUAAAGAUCCUGGCCAAGAAGAACGAGCAGUAAAGUUUAUUGAUAUUCCUCAAAGUUUCCAAGGGGCAUCUAUGGCCUAUCAUGAUGACAUUGCUGUACUGGUGAUGGAUUCCCCAUUUCCACUAACUGAGAUGAUUCGUCCUGUGUGCGUGGACUGGGAUGAUCUUUACUAUGUUGGACCAGGUGAUAAGGGACAUGUUGCAGGUUGGGGUAUAACAGAAGAAGGGGAACCAAGUGAAGAACUCCUUUCUGCAGAAUUUCCUGUAAUUGAAUAUCGGGAAUGUCUCAGGAAAAUUAAACCAAACUACCAGAUCUACUUUGGAAGUGAUAAGAUUUGUGCUGGAUACAGGAAUGGGACAACUGCGUGUAAUGGAGACAGUGGUGGAGGGCUCACCUUCAUACAUGAACUCAAUCCAUUAGGACCUUCAAGUAAGCUUUAUUUUGUGCAGGGCAUUGUUAGCACAAGUGGAGGUUCUAGUCAAAUUGGUACUUGCAACCUGGAAGACUAUGUUGCAUUUACAAAAGUAUCAGAAUUUAGAAGUUUUCUUGACAAGUAUAGAGAUUAUUAAACUAUUAGAUACUCAAUUUUAUUUUUAAAGACUAUUGCUCCUUUAUAAUGUUAAGGGAAUUGCAAGAACUACAACUCUAUAUUAAAAAAAAUCAGUUACUUUGUUUUUAUAACUACAAUUCCACAGAUAAGUUCUCUAAAAGUAAAAUUUUCAGUUUAAGAAGGAAUGUCUUAUUUAUUGUUCUUAAUGAGAAGCUAAUUGGUUUGAUCAUUAAUCUUGGGUUUGUAACUUGAAGCUUGUGAAAGAAUUUGAAAUGUUACAAACUUUUGUUGGUUCAUGUUCUAGAAUUGUAUGGAAACAAGCAUACAAACUGUCAAGGUUGCUCAUGCUGUCGGCUGCUGCUCAGUUGCCCAAGUGCUGAGAUCAGUUAACAUUCCUCAUUGUAUCCAAUGAUAGUAUUUAAUAUCAGUGUAAUAGUUAAUUUUUUGUUAUGAACAAAAUAUCUUUUGACAAUACUACUUGCUGCCUCCAAAAAUAAAAAUGGUUGGAUGCAGACACAAAAAUCUUAAAAGCAGACCACAAGUAAAAUACGUGCAAAGAAUACAUUCAGUUACAGUGAACCCCAACUCACCUGUCCUAUCUGGUGAUUACAGUGUUAAUUCUCAUAAUAAUUUUAGCAAACUUGGCUAUCGGACUUUGCAAAUGAAUGCAGGUUCUAGUUUGUGUUGUGGUACACAAUCAGAUAAUUGAAUUUUGUGAUUAAUAAAGGACACCAGAUAAUAGUGUGAAGCUGAACACAACCUAAAUGUAAUGGUAAACAGAGUUUAAGGCUCAUUAAUUAGCUUUCAGUAAAAUAACUGAAGGCUAUUGAAUUAAUUUUGUAUAUCACAGGAGGUGAUGUAAAACUAAAUUUUUUUAGAUUUUUUAGAUUCAGUUCAGAUUACUAAAGUGGAAUACACACAUAAGAUAACAUUUUUUGUUGUAUCAUGAACAUAUCAUACCUUAUCAAACAAACAAUUAUUAAUUGUGAAUGACUGAAUAUUAGAUCAUAUGAAGUUGAAAAAGUGGAAGAAUCAGAAGAAGAAGUGGGCUUUAACUCAUUUGUUUUAUAAUACGCAAAGAAUCAGAGUUAGUGGAGCCAAUAAGCAGCGCUGAAUCCCUACAUUGAUAACUGAUAUAGCUGCUUUAAGUGGCAGCCACUCAAAGCAAAGAUAUUGCUGUAGCACCAAGUGUGCAGUCAUAAGUAUUUUAAAUACAUGUAAAUAAAGUAGCGUUACACACUGAGGUGACCAAAGUCAUGGGAUACCUCCUAGUGUCAUAUCUGACCUCCUAUCACCUGGUGUAGUGCAGCACAUCAACAAGUGGCUGGAAGUCCCCUGCAGAAAUUUUGAGCCAUGCUGCCUCUAUAGUCAUCGAUAAUUGUGAAAGAGAUGCUGGUCCAGAAUUUUGUGCAUGAAUUGAUCUUUUAUGUUCCUAAAUGUUCAAUGGGAUUCAUGUCAUACAAUCUGGGUGGCCAAACAAACAGUUGCGGCACCAUGAAAUGGUGCAUUGUCAACCAAAAAAAUUCCAUCUUUCGUGGGAACAUGAAGUCCAUGAAUGGCUGCAAAUGGUCUCCAUGUAGCUGAACAUAACAAUUUCCAGUCAAUGAUCUGUUCAGCUGGAGCAGAGGACCCAGUCCAUUCCAUGUAAACAAAGCACACACCAUUAUGGGACCAUCACCAGCAUGCACACUGCCUUGCUGACAACUUAAAUCCAUAGCGUCAUGGGGUUUGCACCACCCUCAAACACUUCCAUCAGUUUUUACCAACUGAAAUCAGGACUCACCUGACCAGGUCACAAUUUUCCAGUUAUUCAGGGACCAACCAACACUUUCAUGAGCCCAGGAGAGGCCCUGCAGGUUAUGUCAUGCUAUUAGCCAAGGCAUUUGUAUAGUCGUCUACUGCCCCAGCCAAUUAACACCAAAUUUCAAUACACUGUCUGAAUGGAUACAUUCAUCUUAAGUCCCACUUUGAUUUCUGCAGUUAUUUGGUGCAGUGUUGCUUAUCUAUUAGCACUGACAUUUCUAUGCAAACUCCACUACUCUGUCAUUAAGUGAAGGCUGUCAGCUACUGUGUUGCCUGUGGUGAGAGAUAAUGCCUGAAAUUUGGCAUUUCUGGUACACUUUUUACACUGUGGAUCUUGGAAUAUUGAAUUCCCUAAUGACUUCCAAAAUGGAAUGUCCCAUGUAUCUAGUUAUGGCUACAAUUUCAUGUUUAAAGUCUGUUAAUACCCAUUUUGUGGCCAUAAUCACAUCAGAAAACUUUUCACAUGAGUGACCUGAGUACAAAUGACAGCUCUGGCACUUCAGUUUACAAUUCAAUUCAAUUUUAUACUUUUUGUACAAGAUACUGCAGCCAUCUCCACAUGUACAUAUCACCAUCUCAUGACCUUGUCAGCUCAAUGUGUUAAAGUGUAUUGAUUCAGAGCUGUAGAGUUCAAUAAAAGUGUAGAAUGAAAAAAUUACUUUACAUCUACAUUUGCUGCAGGUGGCUAAGUAGUUAAUGAAUGUAUGAAUAAAGGAACAUUGUAAAAAAUUUAUAACCUCCAUCCAAAAAUGCCUGAUGGUUUCAAAUCAGAAGAACAGUUCAGCAGAUUACACAUCACUUAAG